UACUAUUCCAGCUAUGACUUCACACCUAUGGACUCUUCUGCCGUGUAUGUGUUAAGUAGCAUGGCUCGCCAGCGCCGCGCGUCUUUGUCUUGUGGAGGAUCUGGUGGUCAAGACUUUGCAGGAUCUGGAUUCAGUAAAAACUGUGGCUCACCUGGAUCGUCACAGCUCUCUUCCAAUUCUUUGUAUGCUAAAGCUGUCAAAAACCACAGCUCAGGGACUGUGAGUGCCACUUCUCCUAAUAAGUGCAAGAGACCAAUGAAUGCCUUCAUGCUUUUUGCCAAAAAAUACAGAGUUGAAUAUACUCAGAUGUAUCCAGGGAAAGAUAACAGAGCCAUAAGUGUGAUCCUUGGUGACAGGUGGAAGAAAAUGAAGAAUGAAGAGAGAAGGAUGUAUACGUUAGAAGCAAAAGCUUUGGCUGAAGAACAAAAACGUUUAAAUCCUGACUGUUGGAAAAGGAAAAGAACUAAUUCAGGCUCACAACAACAUUAAACCAGGAUGCUUAUGUUCUUAAGUCUGAAUGCAGAAACAAUUGACUCUUGAUGGAAAGACUUAAUAAGAUCAGUCUCACCAUUUGUCCUGAGUUCAAGUGAUCGUAAGAUACUGAUAGCAUUUGAGUCUUCAAAUGAUUUAAUAAUAUGAGUGAGGAUUUGCUUUCUCCAUUAGAGCAUUAAGUAAGCUAAAACUAUCAACAUUGUAAACCAAAUUGCCUUAUUUUCCUUCCGAACUUCAUAUAUGUCUAUCAGGUAAUAUAGGCUUGAAAAUUGAUAUCCUGUGGUGCUAAAGUACAGUAGAAAGAGAGGAGAAGUGUAUACAUGUUUUAUUUUAAGUUGUAAAAGGGGAAUUUAAAAGUAUGUAACUGCUGUUUAUACAUUGGCUCCUUACUGCUUAUUAAUCUGUAUUGUACACAUGAUGGAAUGAAGCAGAAGCUGGGACUUGGCCUUUCCAUGAGCAUCCACCACAUGGCCCAGCAUCUGUGCCAAACACAGGCGCGCCUAGUCUGGCCAGUGCCAAGAGCAAACGUGUGGCAGGUAGAUGGUGCUGCAGUGAGCACAGGCACACUUGAGUGUAUAUGUGCACCAGGUGGCAGCACUUUACCACAAUUUCCAGUGGACAGUGAGUCAGGCCAAGGCAGAGUUAGUUAAUAGCAUUGGGAUAGUCACUGUAAUGGUGCUAUUAACAGUCAACACCAUUGUAUUUUUAAACUUUGUGUUCUGUAUCUUCUCAGCCACAUAUCUUAAGUAUAUUUCAUCAUCAUAUCUUUAUGGUGGGGGCAGACUUUGCACUUAUUGCAGUGCAACACUUGCACUUUACUUUUCCUCCAACUGUCUAAAAUUGGAGCAAAUACAUUGGCAAUACAGCUGCUUUUGCUCUGAGCUACAAUCAUGGCUUUUCAUGUAAUUUACCAAGUGGUGUUUCUGGUUAGGAAUCACAGCUGUAAAACUGAUUUCAGUUCAUUACACUUCUUCAUGAUGUUGCCCCUCAAUUUUGCACAUUAUAUUCUUGUAUAUUAUUUCAAAUAAAAUGAAAAAAAAAAGGUUAUCUCUGACUUCUGAUUGACCUUGACUGAAUUUUAUGUAUAAAUUGUUAGACUAGAAUCUGAAGGAGGACAACAACAAAGUUUGCCAGAAGACUCGUUUUUGAUUUUAAGUUUCUAAUGAGAGCUUGAAAAAAAAACAAAGAAAUGAAAUUCAGAAAAGGGCUAUAGAAAAGAUAGAAUUUAAGAUUAUAGACAUUUCAUAGAAGAAGAAAAAAUACUUGGUCUUUUCCAUAGCCACCAGUCUCUUGCUUUUAAUAAAUUGACCAAGUACAAAGAAAACCAAGCUUCAUUAAAGAUACAGCAUAACACAUUUAAAGAACAGCCCUAAACUUGGCCUUGGGGUAUGUUGCAGAUGUAGAAUCCUUUUAGGGAUAUUUAAUUUAAAACAGUGAUACCUGGCUCCCCUAUUCCCUGUAACUACUCGAGGUGCAACUUGAACAUUAGAUUCUUACAAGUUGUACUGGUGUUAUGAACAUGGAACCAAAUUUGGGAACCAGUGGGUGGGCUAUAUAUACUUAAAAGGCAGGCAGGCAGGCUGCAGGAAGCUGAGUGCCUUGAUCAUGUCCCUUUAAAAG